UUUCCCGGCGCACAACUCCCGUACACGUCGACCUGCUCACACAUUCUAUCCAACCCCACAUCGCCCCUACACGACGUACCAUGGCGUCCCCAGUCUCUGUUCUUUGCGUAGUUUUGCUGUCUGCCUGUGCGGUCCACGCAGACAGACCGUCCCGACAGUUUGAGGAGGUGAAGCCUGACCAGGCGUCGUGCGUGCAGGACGGGGUCUCCUACCCGAUCGGCGCGUCUGUACCGGACGACGAUCCCUGCACGUUCGGCUGCUUCUGCGCCAGCCCCGGUAACGUGAUCUGUGCGGUUGUGAAGUCCCCCCGUAGCUGCGCCUUCAUGCAGCCGGCGUGUGUUGACGCCGUGUACGUGAACGACCCGACACAGUGCUGCCCCUACAUGACCUGUCCUAACGGUGAGAACUGCCAGGCGGGAGACCAGAUCAUUCCCGCCGGCCAGACUGUGGAAGUGGACGGUGCGCAUUGCCGCUGUCACGGCAUGCUGGCCGUCUGCUCCGCCACGGUCAGUCACGAGGCGGUCAUGCCUCUCAACUAGUUCGGGCAGCAGCGGUGCAAAGCAAGAAUAGAGGCACCGGAAAACCGACAUGCAAAAGAAGUCAGCUGUUGAAUCGUCAGAAUCAUCAGAAUAAACACCUUUGCGAGCCA